AUGUCUCUAAGAAAAGUACUAUUUUUAACAAAAGCUGUGUGUUGCGGAGGUAUUAAGUAUCAAGCUACGAAUUUUUCGCUACAAAAUCUAUGGGUAUUAUCAGCAACUACAACUAGAUUUUAUUCUACCGAAAACUUAGGAAAUAAGAAUAAAGAAGGGAAUUCGCCAGAAAAGGUGGAUAUACUUGGUAGAUUUUUUCCACAAAAUGAAUUAGGCGUAAAGGAUGCGCAAGAAGUUAAAAAUGAGCAGGAAAAGUUUGAACAAGAACAGAAAGAAAAAUCACAAGAAAAUGAAAAAAGUUGGAGACGCAUGAAAAUGGGAUUUGCUGUGUUUGGUGGUGCUCUCACAGUUAUGGGUGGAUGUAUGGUGGUGGAAAUGGGGGCUCCAAAACGUGGAGAAGAAGGACAGAUCCUUGAGGAUGAGUUCUCAAACCUACCUAUUGUGUGGCAGUACCUUAGACGUACUUGGAAGGAACUUACUUUCUAUGAAAAGAUGAUCAAAGAGCCAUCCCGUGACAAACUACUUCCAGACCCUUUGCCACCUCCAUAUCAACCCAGCUAUACCCUAGUACUUGAAUUCACUGAUGUUCUAGUACAUCCUGACUGGUCUUAUCAAACUGGCUGGAGAUUCAAGAAACGCCCAGGCGUUGACCAAUUUUUACAAACUGUAGCAAGUUCAGACUAUGAAGUUGUCAUAUUUACAUCAGAGAAUGUGUUCAUGAUCUGGCCAGUACUUGAUAAAUUGGAUCCGGAAAACAAACUUAUCUCAUACAGACUAUUUAGAGAUUCUACACAUUUUAUGGAUGGAGUUCAUGUUAAAAACUUGGAAGGAUUAAAUAGAGAUUUGUCUAAGGUCAUUGUUGUGGACUGGAACAAGCAAGCAACUCAGUUCCAGCCAGAAAAUGCACUUAUACUUAAGAAAUGGAAAGGAGCUGAUGAUGAUACAGCACUGCUUGACCUUGCCAAUCUAUUGCAAACCAUAGCAAUGUCAAACGUGUCAGACGUGCGCGAUGUCGUAACAUACUAUAGUCAAUACGAAGACCCUAUAGCGGCCUUCCGUGAGAACCAACGCAAGUUGCUCGAACAAAUGGAGAAUGAAAAGAAAGAGCGCGAUUCACAACCAGACCAAAACCUUGCAAGAGGGUGGUUAAGGACAUUUACAAGACGUUAG